CACUGAGAUAGCAAGAAAGCAGAGAUUAAUGUAUAAAUAAAAAAAACGCUUCUGCUUCCAUUUUGCACUUUCGUCAUUUUCUAUGCAAUCCGAAGUUUUUUGUCUUUUCCAGAACACCUUUUUCUUCUGCUACUAUUUAACGUAAUCACCGCCAGUUUCAGCGGGAAAUUCGCUUGUUUUCAAUAUAAAGUAAGCGAUAAUUCCCAUUUCUUUCCUUCUUCCUCAUUUUCUUUUCAACGCGGCUCCGCUGAUCGAUGGUUUGAUUGGCUGCAUUUCUGAUGCUGUAAGUUUCAGAGAUUUUGGGCAUUUGCUUGUUCUUUGAGGCUCAAUUCAGUGGCCCAUUGAAUCAGCACUAAACUUCUGGGGGCUAGAGGAUAAUUUAGGAUUUGACGAGGGAGGAUAUACUUCUUGCGUAUUUGUAAUCAGAAUUUUGAUGGCUCAGUUGAAUUGUAAGCAACCCAUGAAUCAGAACUAUGGCGCGGGGAGUUCGCACUCCAGGUCUACAUCUCAACCUGCAUUUUUUGCUAAUCAUAGCUUGCCCCCAUUGAGCCCGUUGCCUCAUAGCGAAUCCUCAUUGGCCUCCAACUCAAGUAUCAAGGACGUGUCAAUGGAUGAAGUGGAUGUUAGUUCUCGAGUUCCGCCAGUGGUUGGUGGUCCCUCCGUUACAUUUGAGAAUAAUUUUCGAGGCAAUUUUGAGGGUCUUCCGCCUCGAAAAGGCCAUAGGCGAUCCAGUAGCGAUGUUCCCUUGGGGUUCAAUGUUAUGAUUCAGACUUCACCUCAAUUGGUACCAAUAAGCGGUCAGGGAAUAUCGGGCAAAACAGCCUUCGGAAGUGAUAAAGUUGGAAUGGAUAAGGCCAUUCAUUUGCAAAAGCAAGAAAUGGAUGCAAUUAGUGAAGGUAACAGCAAUUUCAACAGCAUGGGUCAGAGAAGAUUGGAGGGAGAGAUUGUGAAUGACUUGUUUCAAUCUUAUUUGAAAUUGGACAAUGCAGAUAGUCUAAAUCCUUCUAGAACUGAUGAGAAAGAUAAAAGAAGCAUGGUUAGUGGCAUGAAGAAAUGUGGUGGUGAGAAUAGUAAUACUGAAGCCCAAAGCAUCUCAAAGGCAAAUAGUACUAAAUUCGAUGGGACAGGUUCAGCAGAAGGAAACAAAAGGAGUGCUACUGGGGAUAUUGCUCCUGCUGCUCGCCACUUUAGAAGCCUUUCAGUUGAUAGUGCCUUUGGAAGUUUGCAUUUCAAUGAAGUGUCACCAAAGUUACCUAUCGCUGCUGGGAUUCAUGUCAGUCAACUCUCACCAAGCAAUUUGGCCAGUGAAAACUCAGCUCAGUUUAGCUUGGACUUUGGAAAUGGUGAAUUUAGUGAAGCUGAGGUAAAAAAGAUUAUGACAGAUGAGAGACUUGCUGAAAUUGCCUUAUCAGAUCCAAAACGUGCCAAGAGGGUACUAGCUAAUCGUCAGUCAGCUGCUCGUUCUAAGGAGCGCAAGUUGCGAUACAUCUCAGAAUUGGAACACAAGGUGCUGACACUGCAAACCGAGGCCACUACACUAUCUGCACAACUUACUGUUCUUCAGAAAGAUUUUUCUGAGCUUACAAAUCAAAACAAUGAGCUGAAAUUUCGUCUUCAAGCCAUGGAGCAACAGGCACGACUUAGAGAUGCUCUUCACGAGGCAUUGACCGCAGAAGUGCAGCGUCUAAAGCUUGCAGCUGCUGAGCUUGGUGAAGAUGAUGGGUCAUCGACUUCCAUGAUUCAGCAGCUACCCAUGAAGCAUCAUGUACUCCAGCUGCAGCACCAUCAAUCCAGUCAAAUCCAACAAUUAUCUGUUGCAACAUCCAAAACUGCAACAACAACUUCGGCAACACCUACUUCAGCUUAGUCAGCUGAACGAAAAUUCAGCAUUCUUGGGCAUUUCCUAACGAAUCGGAAAACUUUGCCAUAUAGAUAGAGCUCGUAGACUCAGGACGAUCUUCCUGUGUUAGAAAAACUGAAACGUUCCGUACAAUUUGUGGCUCCUUAACUGCUUGUUGCAUACUUUAUUUUGGGUUAUUUAUCCAAUGAACCAGUGGCUUUCUUCAUUGGAUUGCUUUAUAAAUAUUUAGGAAUACUUAGACCUGCCGCUCUGUACUGCGGACAGUGGUGCAGCCAAUAGGAAACUCUUCCAUCUUGUGGUUGUGGCUCCCCAGAACUUCUUUGUUUGUAAAAUAGGUGGUGGAUAGGUAUACAAAAUAGAUUUUGAACAUUCCAACGUUGUCUUUGUUGAUGUACAUUUUAUAUCGUGUUUUAAUUGGUGAAGAAACUCAUAUUCAGGAAA